AAACAAAACAAACCCGAGAGAGCUGUAACAGCGUGUGGACUCCAUUGAAAAGGGGGCCUUAUUAUCUCCAACACGAGAACCGACAAGAGGUCCAACACAAGGCAAGACGUAUGCGUGGAUGUCCUAAAACCUGAAGCAUACAGAGAAUCACACCAGAACAACAGACCAGACCAGGCCAGGUCGAGCCAACUUACUGAUCCCCCUCCCUUCCCCCUUUCCCCUCCAGCCCGGCAGGCUGCAUCCACCAGCACUGUGAUCGUCUCCCUCAGCAUUCAUUUAUUGCGCUCAUCAGAAAACUUCACACCACUGGGACUGGACAGGAGACCCAGGGGUUCCCCCCGCUGGAGCUCUAAGCUGUGCUUGGCAAUGCCUCAGCCCAGUGUCAGCGGGAUGGAGCCUCCCUUUGGGGAUGCCUUUCAGAACUACUCAUUUGUUGACCAGGCCCUGACCAGCACUGAGCUGCUCGCCACCAGCUCUGACCCAGAUUUCAUGUAUGAACUGGACAGGGACAUAACCCACCGGCAGAGCCCCUGUGGGGACAGCAUGGUGGGGGUCGGAGACGGAGGCAAGGAGGUGGAGGGCUGUGUGGAUCAGCUGAUGGGUCUAGGCGAGUGUGAGACAGUGUGUAGCAGCUCAGCAUUCGAACAGUGGGACUCCUACUGGGAAGACCUCACCAGAUACACGCGGCUGACCAGCUGUGACAUCUGGGGCACCAAAGAGGUGGACUUCCUUGGACUGGAUGACUUCUCCAGUCCAUACCAAGAUGAGGAGGUGAUUGGUCGAACCCCGACACUGGCUCAGCUCAACAGCGAGGAUUCACAGCCCGUCUGUGAGGCACUUUACCCUCCUGCUGACCUGACCCUGCCCGCCCUCCAGGCUCAGCCUCAGCAGCUUCCUCUUCACAGUAAGAGACCCCUCAUCUCCGGACAAGGAUCUGUGCGCCCCCCCUCAAGUUCCACAUCCUCUUCACGUCCUUCCCACAGCCUUCUCCCAGACUUUCCAGAGGGCCCCCAAAAAGCUACCCGGCCCAUCCCCUCCACCACUGAGACUAUGGCCAAGACUCAGAGCCACCACAGUCUGAGCCAGGACCUGGCCCAAACUCAAAUCAAGCACCAGGGACGAGGAGCGAAGAUGGCCGGCCCCACCUCUCACAACACUGACUUUGUUCGGAAGGCUAAAGUCCGUGUGAGCACUCUGCAUACUCAGCCUGACGUAACCUCCCAGACUCAUUUUGAGAGGUCCGACCCCCCUCUACCCCUCUCUCAGCCCAGAGAUGAGAAAGCCUCCACCUCCACUAGUGCUACUCUGGCAGGACUCCCAAGUGCUUCAGCUGGUGGCUUUGAGAGGCGAGUAGAGGGUACAGGGAGGAGAGAGAUGCCUGCAGGCUGGUCUGCUGCUGUGCCUCAACUGGUCGAGGCGAGCCAGGCUCUGGAGGGCAAUGCCUCUGGGCUUGUGAGCAGCGGCGAUGUUGUGGCUGGGGCCAGCGGUGGUGGCGGUGGCGUUCUGGUCAUUGAGGGCAGUGAGAAAAGCAAAGAGGAGGAGCACAACUAUUCUCUGUUCCUGACCCGCAGCAAACUGGCCGGCAGAGCCCAUUCACAGCUGGAGGAGGAGGAAGAGGAGGAGGAAGAGGAAGAAGAGGUAGAAGAGGAAAUAGAGGAGGAUGGAGAGGGGCUGGAGCUCGACGAUGAAGACCAUGAUGAGGGGUUUGGCAGUGAACAUGAGCUGUCUGAGAAUGAGGAGGAGGAAGAAGAGGAGGAGGAUGAGGACUAUGAAGCAGACAAGGAUGAUGACAUGAGUGACGCCUUCUCUGAGCCAGGCUGUGAUGUGGAGCUGAUGGAGGACAUUAAAGGCCUGACAGCGGGGGUCUCCAGCCGAAAAAGAGGGAAACGCCGGUACUUCUGGGAAUACAGUGAGCAGCUCACCCCCUCCAAACAGGAACGUAUGCUGAAGCCAUCUGAGUACAGACACACGCUGCCUAGCAACCUGUAUCAGAAGAACGGGCCUCUCCAUGGAAAGUACAUGCUGAAGAAGUCUCGUCGUACAGAUGUGGAAGACCUGACUCCAAAUCCACGUAAGCUGCUGCAGAUCGGCACAGAGCUCCGCAACCUGAACAAGGUGAUCAGUGACCUGACUCCUGUCAAUGAACUGCCACUCAAUGCACGACCAAGAUCCCGCAAGGAGAAGAACAAGCUGGCAUCCAGAGCUUGUCGUUUAAAAAAGAAGGCUCAGUAUGAAGCAAACAAAGUGAAGCUCUGGGGUCUCAGCACAGAGUACGAUCGACUGCUGUUUGUGAUCAAUGCCAUCAAGGAGGAGAUUGUGGCCCGAGUGGAGGACUCUUCCCCCCGUCCGACCAACAUGACUGACACUCUGGAGAGGCUCAUCCAGGAGAGACUCGUGACACCACCUGUUGCUGGGCAGACUUCGGACUUUGUCAACAAGAUCCUAGAGAACACAGGACGUGGUGAUCCCACUGGUGGACUGGUUGGCCUACGAGUCCCCACCUCCAAAAUUUAGACAGACCGCAGUCCACCGAGAGCCGUGGACUAAAUAUUACCACCGUGCUGUUCCGUUGUAACUAUGCUCCCCUCUGCAUGCCUCUCCAACCCAGAGUACAUACACAUUGUUAGUCACACAAACACACAUACCACCCACUGUGUGUAUGUAUGUGUGCUUGUUUUAGCCAUACUCCUGUAUGGCAUAUACCCUAGCUUUCUGUCUCUGCACACUGCGCACAGACUCAGUGCGUCACUGUCUCCCAACCCAUCAUGAGCAUUUGUUGGGAAAAGUGUCUCUAAAAGAAAGUGAUGGUUAGGUGUAUAGCUAAUAGCACGUUCUAAAUCCACCAGUGAUUAUUAGAUGUGUUUAACAUAGCAUUGUGUAAGCUCUAAGCUUAGGGUCGGCUCAGUCACACAAGUGUAACUGCUGGAGUUUUCUCACAUGAUUCGUUUUUGGUUGGAAUGACAGCGGAAAAGUCGUGUUGGAAAAGCUGAAAAAGAUCCAGUUAUGAUUUCUAAGAGGUUAAAACUCACACAGCAAAAAUUAACUCCAGGUUGUUACUGAAAAUUGACCCGCUCAAUGCACUUUGUUGAAAAUGGCUUCGGUUGUUGAGACAGCUGCAGAGAAGGCAUUACAGGGUGGCAGGAAAUAUUUUGUAUUGAAGGCCUAAAUAUGUUCAUGCCAUCCCCUGUCUGCCUGUUGACUAUGCUGUUGUUAAAUUGUAGGAGUAACCAUUUAGCGAAGGAUGCUCAAAAAUGCAAAAAGAAAAACAGUAGGAACAGAAAGAUCAGAUUUAGAAAUUGAGCAAGAAAAGUCCUGCUGGUUUAACAUUUGACGACUUAAACAACAGGAGGUGGUUGAUGACUAUGUGGAGAGGAAGAGCAUAUAGUUUGGUGCUUUUUGGCCUCGUGCUGAUUGUAACUGGACUGAGUGAAACGGCCAUUUUGCCAGUAUGGGAGCAGACUUGUGAGGUAGAUGGUGGUGGUGACGGUGAUGACAAUGAUACAAACAGUGACCCAUCUCCUCUUGGAAUUGUACAUAAGUGUCUGUCAGUGAAAGAAAACAAUGUCAUCGGCUCCCCUUUUUUGUACAGUAGAGAUGACCAGGCUAACAGUUUGGUGUGUUCAUACUAGUGUUUGAUCAGAGUUCUAUUCAUUGUGCCUUGUGUAUGUAUGUGUGUGUUUCUGUAAGUCUGAGUGUGUAUGAGGGACUGAAUGAGAAGAAGUGAUUGGUUAGAACUCCCUGAGGUCCAGCAGAGGAGAUUUUACACUGAGGGAGGUUGAUAGUGAAUGCGAGGAGGGAGACACCUGUGGGGUUUGUUGUGUAUUUCAGUUGUUUAAAGAUAUUCUGAAUGUACAUAAAAAAACGGAAGCUCUCGUUGCGUGAUGCCACAGAGUCUGUGUAUAUAGGAGGGCUCUGCAAUAGAUUACUUAUGGUUUUUGGUACUCUGUUUUGGGGAUUGGGGAAGGGUUGACAGAUAUUUUCGUUUAGAGUUACAAAAAAAUAUUUGCACACUAUAUUUUGAUUGUUUUUUGUACCAAAGACACAUGCAACGAAAUGGCGACCAGCCAGUUAAAGUAAGGUUUUGCACAGCUUACCUGACGCCGUAUUGAAUGUAAGAAAUGUGGGAGGGUCAGGGAACUUCAUAGAACUGUGAAAUUAGCUUGGGUCCAAUUCUGUACAGAAAAGGAACAUUCAUUCUUUUUUUGUUUUAUUUUAUUCUAAACAAAAUCAUCCCAUCUGUGGGCUUCUUUAGUAGAUUUGUUGCUUAGGAAGCACGUCAUUCCUCAGCUGAUUUCCUCCCUCCACAUGCUAAUCGUGUUAACGGCGCUAUCUAGGAUGGAAAAACCCAGAGCGCUAGUAGAUAAGCUAUGUUACAUUUUUGCUUGUUUGUCAAAAUGUCACCUACAAUAACCAAAAUGUUAUGUACUUGUGUCACUUGUUUGAUUUCUAUAUGUAGACAAGGUUUAGUUCAUCAACAAAAUAUUAACUGAAUUGUGUUUAAAGUACUGUAUAUAGAAACAUUAAUGGUAUAUCUAUCAAUGGUGAAACGCCACUUUUCAUGACAAUGGAUUCAUUUUAAGCAUGACACAUUUCUAAAGCCUAUCCUUACAUUGAGAAACUUAGAGGAAAAAAACCCCAGAAAAACCAAAAAAAAAAGUUCUUGUUAUAUUUUUGUAUCUUAGCUGCCUGUUAGCUUUCCUGAAGGUUUGGAAGUAUUUGUCAGUCAGGGUUUUACAAUUCUCCAAUCGGAGAGAAGGAGGAAGAGAAGAGAGAGGUCUUACAGAUCAGAUAGUUUGAUAGAAAAAUGAGCGCUCAACCCCUCCUGUCUGCUGGCAGAGAGAAAAAAAAAACAGAUAAUCAGGACUGGACUUAUCACAAAAACGCAGUGAAGCCGUUUGUAAGGUGUAAAAAUAGAACAAGGACACACUGCUGUCUGUAGCGAGGACCCAGCUGCAGUGUUGUCAUAGACGCUGUAAGAAAGCCAAAGCCAUUAGAGUCUGUUCCAGAUCGAUGAGAUUCAGCACUGUGUGUUGUUUACAUUUACACAGCAGUCCUUUUAAAGGGGUACUCCAAAGAUUGAACUUGUGUGGAGAAAAAAAAAGUCCUCACUCACUUUUGAUUAAAAGUUAAAUGUAUUUCCCAUAAUGCACUUUGACAGUAGAGAAAAUGGUGCAAACAAACUUAUCCUCACUUCUGCCAAUUAUGCUUCUGCUAAAUGUCAAAAUUUAAUGCAGGCUUGUAAAGGUGAAGGUGAGGCUGAUGUCUUCAUGUGUUUGGUUGACAUAACACCAGUGUAAAAGUAGCCAAAUUUGAUGUGUAAAAUCACUGGAGUUCCCCUUUUAAAAGUGUUGAUUAAUAAUUCCGGGGUUGACAUUGCUGCCUUUGGGGACGAAUUACCACAUUUUAACAAGUGUUUUCACAUCCAAAACAACAGAUAUCUGGAUGUUUCACAGAAUCUUUUUUUUAAAUUUUAUUUAACACAAUAACACAGGCCAAAACUGAGCAUCCAACCUUACCAAUAUUCUUACCUCAAAGGAGGUGCUGCCAGUUCCAGGAAACAGUCAACCAGAACGGACGCUGUCAAUGAGUAAAUAUAACAAACAUUAACCAGAUUAAUCCAGAGUAGUUAAAGGUAAAGGAAAUCUCCUUAGGCUGAGUGAACUCUGUCGUCUGCUGAUGGGAUUCAGGCUGUGGUCUAUAUCGUGUGGUUGAGAAACCGCUAGCCCUACAUAUAUAUAUUUUUACUGUUUCCUGUUUUCUGUCAAAAAAAAGGGAGAAAUGGUGCUUUUUCUGAAACUAGAACGAUGAGUAUCCAUGAUUCUUAUUUGACUUCUUAGUCUAGUUGUAGCCUAAUGACUUGCUCUCCCCGACCGUCCAUAGUUAUUUUCUUAGUAGUGAUUAAUUUUUGUAAAUAGACUAUAAGUUAAUAUGUAUCUUCUAAAUGUUAGAUAUAUGUAUAAAAUACUCUAUCUUAUAUGUUUGAAAACAAAAGCACUUUGUCCAAAAAAGGAAAAAAAAACAAAAAGAAAAGCAUUUUUUUCUUCCAUUUGCUGCUAAAAGGCCUGGUGUGAAUGCUGCAAGUGUACUUUGACGACUACUUGCUCGGAUAGGUCUAUUACCUGACUCGGCUAGGUCUAUAAACUAGCAAGAAUUAGGUUUAUUUGCCUGACGAGGGUUAGAUCUACAUGUUUCUGAAGCCGUGUAAUGAUAUGAGAAUGAUAUGAGGUGUAUCAUUACUACAGUGUUUCUGCAGAAGGGCAGGUCUAUUUCCUGGUCAAGGAGUGUGUUUGUGGUCUUAUAAACAAACAGGAGGGUUUUGAUUCCAGGUCCCCUACAUAGAUCCUGAUGCUGACCCCUUGGCGUCAUGAUUCAUUUGCCUUCAGUAGAGGUUUCCUAUGGAAAACUGAUUCUGCUUUGGCUUCCUCUUCAGGGUGAUGUACAGCGUAGACACAUUUCUCCAGAGAGCUAUAUUGUUAUCAUUUGUAAACUGAUUUCUACUUGUGACUUAAUGAGGAGGGGUUUAGCCUUUGGCGGCCAGGAAGAGCUUGUUUGAAAGAUGUUGUUCCCGGCCGCCUUGGGGGAAGUUACUAUAUCACUGUACUGUAUGGCAAGCCAAUUACAAAUGGAGACUCAAUCCGGACACUUAUUGCCUUCUUAAAGAACUUUUCACAUAUACACAAACAGAAAUAACCACACGGCAAAGGCAUGUCAGAAUCCAGAGGUUUCUGACAUUCCAACAACAACAACAAUAAACCCAUUCAGCCUGAUUGGCCCACAAAACAACUGACUGAAGUAGCAGACAUGGGGGGAAAUUCUUCUGAAAAGUGGCUUCACGUAUUUCUCUCGAAUAUCUGAAGCAUAUUUUCAGCUUUAAUUUCACCCACGUCGAGCGGGGGGGUCAACCGUGGUUAAUUAAAAUGGGCCGCUGGUUGACGGACGUUAGCCCGACAAGUGAAGCGUGUGUGUGUUUUGUUGUCGAUCACCAGAGGCUGGUUCAAGAAAGAGUCCUCACAGGUUUUUACAUUUAACAUGAUAGGCGCAAGCUGUGCAACUUUACAUUCAAAACCAGGAGACUCUGUGGCAUUUUAACAGUCAAGGAAAUGAGUGAAAAUCCACGCCAGUAAAAAAAAAAACAAUUCCUUAUUCUUUUUAUUUCUGUUGACAUAAAUACUAUAGAGUCAACUGUUAAGCUAAUAGAGUGUGUAACUUUGUGCUACUCUUGUCCAAUAAAAGCUAAGUGGAUCCAUAAAGCUCUUCUUCAGCAAAUCAGGGUAAUAUCGUUCUUCUAUCUGACAUAUGUGAUGACAUAUAAAAUCAAAAGAAAAUAUAUUUAUGUAUUCUGAUUAAUGUCGCCAUUCUUUACUCUAUAUUGUGUGUAUGUGUGUGUGUGUUAUGAAAUAUCAAUGUCAAUCAAUAUGGUGCAAUGCUCUCUUACACAAAUUAAAAGAAAACGCCAACAGACUCAUCACAAGAAUCCACACAAGUUUCUCCGCUUUCUUCCAAAGCGGUGUUCAAGCAAACUGCGAACGUUUCCCUCUCGACAAGGAUUUGACUCUGAUUUCCAACCGUGAUCCAACUAGGGUUUGUCACAUGGUGCUGAUUAUUUUUCAUUGUCUGAGGAAUAAUCCAAGAAUUGGACAUCUGGCAUCUGUAUUCAGAUUUCUCCAUGUGAUCGUUGUUUUCGAUACCAGACCCCCCCACACACACACACACCUUUGAUCAUUUGUCAUUGAUUCUGUUGAUGUCCGUUGAUAGCAUGAUUCCCCAGUUGGACCAAUCAGAGGAAGAUUCACAUUGAUUCUUGCUCUCAGAUUUCUGUAUUACUGACUUGUACGAUUGUUACUGUUCAACUUUUAUUUUCUUUGUAAAAGCCCGACUCCUGGAUUUGACAGCACUGCUCCAACUGAUUCAUGUCAGUGAAGACGCACAAAAUAUUCAUCUAACUGAAAACAAAUCACAGACCCCCUUUUUAUUUUCUUACAAGAAAUAGGAAUUAGCUUUAUUUUUUUUAUUCAAAAGCAUUUCUGGAAAAUGAUCACCAAAAGAAGAAGUCCCUCAAAUUUGCUGAAAUUGUCUUUCCGACCAAUGAUCAAAUCCCAAAGAUAAAAAAAAAAAACAAACAAACAUAAAAUCAACCUGCAACCUGUUAAACUUGGAGCAAACAUCUCCUAAAAUGACACCUGAGGAGGUUUUCCUAUGUACCUGUGGCCUGUGCUGUCAGAUCUCAGAGUCCGGCUUUGGGUUUCUGUUUUUCAAGGCAUUUCAGAUGUUUCUUGUUUGAACCCAUGUGGGCUUCCCUUGUUGCUUGUAAAACCCACCUCAUCUUCAGAGGCUGUAUGCUUACUUCUCUCCACAUUUAUCCCUGUGUAAAAUAGAUUAAAAAAAAAAAAACACACAAAAAAAACCAACAAAAAAACAGAUGUACUCUGAUACGGGAAUGCAGUGGGAAUGAUGUUUCUGCAUGCCGAUUACCUGCAUAGAACUGAGAGAAUCAAGUGACGUCUGGAGGUUUUAGAAAUAAUCGGCCAAUCGUCAGAACUUCGUCGUCACAAAGUCGUUGCAUGGCUUUUUGGGCUCACUGUACUCUCAGUCGAAUGAUUUCAUAUUUGCUGCUAUUGAAUGAGCACAAAGAGACAUAGAUUUUGGUUUAGGGUGUCAAUUACAGUAUAUUAUUCCCACACAGCCCAGUUUUUUCACACCUUUUAUUCCUUCGACAGUCAAAAGAUGAACACCGUUUCUCACUUGCACUUGGUUUUUACAUUUUCAGUGAAAAAAAAGCUAUUUGAAUAUGAUGCCUGCUGAACCAGGUGCCUUAAUCAGAUAGAUGAGAACACCAAUCUGCACCUUCUGUCAGUCUGGAGGGGGUUUCCCUACAGAAACAAAGGGGCUGGGUUUCCCAAAACCUAAACUUGGAGUUCUCAAAACUGAACUGAACACCUCAGUUAAGCCCAAAUGAGUACAUUUUGUAUCCGAAAGGAGCUGUUUGUGAUUUUGUGUCUUAACAGGAGAAUUAACUCUGCAUUAAUGUCCCUUUUUUGAAGGUUGAGCUGAAGAAGAGCCGACAGUAGACGACGGCUUAUAGUGUGAAUUGGACGCUGUUUUGGGAAACCUGGUUCUAUUUUGAACUUUUUCUCUGCCCACUACGCCACGUUAUUGUGUUUUCUGUAUUGGCUGCUGCUGCUAUCACUGCUGGUGUGUCCACAUAGAGAAGAGCAGAACUUCCGCUGUGUCUGAGGCAGAGGGAGACUUUGACCUGCUUUAUACUUUGUGAAUUACCACGCGUUGUUGUUAUCCGUCUUCUUCUUCUUCUUCUUCUUCUGUGGUUUCGACAUGGAGUGUUGAAAGUGUUGCUGCCUCUCGAGACCUUUACAUGAUAGAAUAUUAAAAAAAAAAAAAAAACUAAAACAGACCUUUCCAUAUCUUAACUUUGCUCUUAUGAAGUGCCAGACCCUCCUUGAAGUCAGUGUUGGCACUGAGUCGCGAGUUUUGCGAAUGAAGCGACAAACUGAGCAUGGAGGUAAACUGUGGUGCUAAUACGUCCGUGGCUGGGUGCUAACAUGGCUGUGUUGAAGCUGUAUUAGCCAUAUUAUUUCUUCUGUUGACGACUCCGGUCAGUUCUCGUGUUUCUGACUGCUGCACUGCUGUAUGCUGACAUAGCGAGGUAUAACUCUGCUGCUGCUGCUUUGCUGAUGAAUGUAGACUCGUCUUCGCUCAGCAGGGUCGUACAGGACAGACGUGAGUGUCUGGUGAAGCUUUUCCUGUUGUGGUCGACUUUCUGUUAGACUUUGGUUGGAAGACUCUGUCGUCAGGAUCCAGAAAGAUCAUGAAUGUUGUAUCUUUAUGUGGCCGCUGUCCUGCUUGUAUGUUUUAAAACUUUUUUUAUUAUUAUUAUUAUUAUUAAUAUUAUUAAUAUUGUGGUUUAUUAUUUAUGCUCUGACUCUUGUCAAACAUUGCACGUUAAAAUUUUAUUUCUAAAUUAUAUUUUAUUGCCUUUUCCCUAAUCCCAGUGUUCAUACAUUUCUUUGACCUAUUUGCAUAUAUUUAUUUCUUUUGUCCUUUAAAUUAACACAUAAGGAGACAAUUUGUUUAUACUAGAAUUUAUAUUUUUCCAAUGCAUCUGGCUGUACCAGGAGUCAGACCUGGCAUGAAUUUUACUGAUAAUAAUCAAAGUCACAAUGAAACUAAUCCCCUAAAUAUCUGACAGUAACCACCCAAAGACAUAUAGUCUUAUACUACAUGGAAAAUAUUGAAUCUUUACUGAAUAUGGUAUUAGCCUUAUUGUCUUGUAUCCUCAUUAUUAAAUGAUUUUACAUUAAUAAUAACUAAUAAUCUUUAAAAUGCAGUUUGGAGAUGAAAAUAGUGAUAAAUACUGUCACUAAUUCAUAUAGUAGACAGUUAAUAAUCACCAAUAAAUGCGUUAAAUGCAUGUAAAACUUUUCAUUUAUGUUUUGUUGUCAUUUCAUUGUCUGUUUGCUUUGAGGGAAGCACUUAAGAAUGUCACAAAAGCAUCGAACUUAGUUCAAAUGUAAUAUAAUUGAGGUUAGAUCUGCAACUAAUGAUUAUUAUUAUUGUCUGGCGACUGUUUCUCAAUUUAUGAAUCAGUUAUUUGGUUUUGAAAAUGUCACAAAGUGGUGAAAAAAUGUUGAUUUAUGUUUCCCAAAGUCCAAUUAAGAUGUCUUAUUUGUUCCAGAACCCAAAGAUGUUCACUGUGUUGUAAGAGGUGUAAAAAUAUUCGAGAGGUGAAAUCAGAGACAUUUUGACUUGUCCUCCAUUGUUGAAAACUAGUUGAUUAUUUGUUGAAGUUCUAGUACAAGUACUCCAAGAUGAGUGAAUACAUUUAGUUAUUGUCUGAGUGAUUUUCUGUCAAAAAAUCUGGACAGAAAAGCCACUGUCAGCUCUUUAGUUUUAUUGUGACUUAAUCAGUGAAACUCAUGACGUGUUUUGCCAUCUGAGGUUUGAGGCAGUAAAGCCCUGAAUCAGGCUCGUCUUAUCGCCUGGACACGGCCGACGUCUGAAGUAAAACAGGCGAGGAGUUAAAUUUACCUGCUUCGUUUGUCUUUGAUGUGGAAAUUGGUAUAUUUGAUCAGUUUUCUGGGAAAACUUCACUGCGCCAGAGAUGUUUCGUACCUUCUGGGUGCUUUUUUUUUUUGUUUUUUUUUUUUUUCCCUUUUUUUUCAGAAGGGCUUUGGUUCGCAGUCGUCUCGUCAGGGAGCUCCUGAGAUUAGCCAGGGGUCAUUAAAGGCUGGUGGGCAGAGACGUCUCAAACCGCCCCCCCCCCCUGCAGUGAACCACAGGGGGAGGUGUUUCAUUUCCUCUUCUGCAGACUGAUAUUAAAGAAAAAAAUGACAACAACCCACCCUCUGUAAUAAAAACAAAACCCCUCUUUCUAUAUCAACACACGUUCAACUCAUCAUCCAACACUGCAAUGAUUUACAUCUCCUUCCAGACUUGCCAAAAUGCAUGACGCGAGAGAGAUUUAACUUAUAAGAAAAAGAAAAAAAAGUUCUAAAGCAUCCAGUUUAUUUUUAUUUUUAAUUUUGA